UCAAACAUCAGACAAAGAAAAGUGAUACAUAACUUGUGGAUAAGAAAAAUUCAGACAAGAUCGGUACGCCAAGGCAGUCCUUCUGGGAUGGUCCGAUGAACAUUGACUCUGUGAUAGCACAGCCAUCUUCACGUGAUAUUCUUAAAAGAUUAGACAUUUAUAAAGACGCUUCGCGGGACGACUACAGGCGAUCGAUGUCGGUAAUACAGUUUGGAAAAAAACUCCUGAUAUAGGAGGUCACGAUUGAAACCCAUGGGCAAGGAUCGUGCUCACAAAAUUGAAGAUCGGAUUAAAACGUCCCAGUAUGCUCUGAAGUGGAUUAGUUUGAUGACUGGAUGUAAAUCCUAGUGAGUUUACCCAUCGACCGUUCUCAUUUUGAGGGACCCUUAAUGAAUAAGUAAGAACGACGGUGGAAUUUUGCUACUCAUCAUUUUUUAAAGGAUGCGACGAAUAUAAUAAAAUAUAUUACAUUUGGAUACAGUAGUUUGCAUUCUGACAAUGAUGUAUCUGUUAGCUGGUGUCUCUUCCAUUCUGCUACGUUAUAUUCUGGUAGAUAGGGUAACAAAAUGAACCUUGGGGAACCCCAAGAGAUGCAAGACGACCACGCCAUGAAACUAGGGGUCCCUACCAAAUUUCAUCGGAAAGUCGGGAUGACCAAUCGGUUCGCAAUCGGUCUGGUACUGGUCACGCUUACGUUCUCUCUGUCCUUCAUAGCCCUGAGUCAUCCCGAAGCAAUUCCCGCAAGACAACAGACCGUCCGGGAGGUGAUUCCCAAGGAGUACCUCAGUACUUGUCACAGGCGUCAUGAGGACGGUUCACUUGCAUUGCUUCCAGAGAAGUACCUGACGAUGAAUGAAUGCAAGAAGCGCCUACCUGAUGUCGUCGUCCUGGGCACCAAGAAAUGUGGCACUGGAGCGUUACGUGUCUUUCUAGAUACGCAUCCCAACGUUGUCUUCUCUAAAAGAGCCGAGGCGAAAUUCUUUACGCAGAACUACAAGAAAGGCAUUGACUGGUACGUACAGAUCAUGCGACCCACUGCGACUGGCCAAGUCGGAAUGGAGAAAUCUCCCGGGUAUUUCUUCUCGAGUGAUGCGGCCAAACGCAUCAAAUCAGAUUUACCACCAACUACUAAGUUCAUCGUCAUUCUCUGCAACCCAGUCAGGCGGACAAUAUCUGAAUUCACUUUCGAGCAGCUCAACAAGAUUAAAGAGAAAUAUAAGGUAGACACUGAGGAAGCAAAGGUGAUCGCCAAGAGGACUUUCAACUCCAGUAAAUUCGAGAAAUACAUCACGACCUCGUCAGGUCGUAUCAGGACAAACGUGGAUAUCAUCACACAUAGUAUGUACGAUAAAUAUAUUUUAUCGUGGCUUAAGCUCUUCCCACGCUCACGAUUCCUUUUCGUCGACGGCGACAACUUCACCCAUAAUCCUGUCGCCGUUCUUAACGAAAUCGAGCAAUUCAUUGAAGUUCCGCAUUACUUUAAUAGCAGCAGAUUCUAUUUCGACAAAGAAAAGGGCUUCUUCUGUCUUUCAGAACCUUUCAAGCAGUGUCUACGGUCCACCAAGGGGUUGGAGCACCCUCCUGUUGAUCGGACAGUAUUGAGGAAACUCAAGGAACUCUUCAAAGCGCAUGAUUUUGCCACGAGUAUACUGACAUUAAAAAACUUCACAUGGAUGAAGAAUGAUUACGGUUCUAAGAUAUGACCUUGAGGUCACGACUUCCUGUUCAUCUCCUGUAAAUUAAUGAAUCAUGUUUCCUUUCUUCUAAUGAGAACACAAUACAACAUGAUCGCGAAUACUUUCGUAAAGAACUAGCUCAAGGCAAUUCCAAUAUCCUGGUCCAUCUCCUAUUAAAAUGAUGUAUUGUCCAAUCCAAGAAUGAUUUCUAUAGGGUACACAACCAGGUAUUCAAUUCGUCCUUCAGUUGAUUUCUCAAAAGUCUUCACGAUCAUGUUCUUAAUUACCUACAGUAUUUCAAUUAAACUCUGAUAAAAACUACACAUUUGUAUCAGUUGAUAAUACACUAUCCAGCUCUUUAUGGUCUUUGACUAUUUAGUAUGUCUUUCCAAUCAUGUUUCCGGUUACAUCGUCUCGAAAGACGCACUCGACAUUCGUAGAAUACAUUUUUCUAAACUCGUUGGUCUUUUUAUUCAUAUGUUGACAAAAAUCGAGUUAUUUAUCUUCCAAAAGCAUGAAAAGAGGCUUCCCAAAUGAUAAAUCUUUUUAUCAAAAAGAGGCUUUGCAACCAUGGCCAUCGGGGUGGUUUUUGGGUGUGUUUUUUUGGUGCUAAGAUAGUACUUACGUUGUAGCGCCUUGAGUGGUACAGUACCAGAAAGUGCGUAGUAGAAAUGCUUACUAUCUUUAUCAUUAUUUUGCUUAAUUUAGGUGUGAUGUAUAUUUAUUUUUUCCUUUGAUGGCAUUUAAUUUAGAAAUUAGUUGGAAAGACGAAACCAGCCACUUUAAUUAAUAGUAAAUCUAAACUUGAACAGCUAAAUUAUUAUUACAAGAACAAACAAGGCUUCAUAGUUUUAAAAUACCCCCUCUACUUAUUUUUUUAGAAAUAAAACAGGUGUUUGAACGGUAUUUAGAGAACUUGUAUACGAUGACACAACUCAUCAGCAACAUGAAUACCGAUUCAGUGAGUAGAAUAACGAAUUUGCCGAACAUGAAAAUUGACAAUAUUGAAUCUGCUUUUAUACUAAAGAAAAAAAGUAACAUAUGGACUGGGAAAUAAGAAAUAAUUCAUUGGGAUUGUUUUGUGGUACUUAUAAUUUAUCAUCACCCUUUUUAUCACUCAACAUUAACUUCAUGAUCAGCCAAACAGUCAAAUUCUUUUACUCAUUUAUUCUCUUUUAGUGAAUUAGAUUUAAAGUGUUCUUUCUAAAUGCAUGAUUAUUCUUCAGCACAUGUUAUCAGUGAGAUGGAGCUGUGCACACGACGAUACGCAAUAUUCUAAUGACAUUAUGCUCCGAAAUCUAUGGAAAAGAAUUGAUAAAUUUUGGGCUGAACAAUGUUUUGUGUACGUGUCUAUUUUGUGGAAACAUGAACAGAGAUAUACAUGUAUAAUUUCCAAUCAUCAUUGUUGAAUGCAAUAAGGCGUAUAUAUUGUGCAGAAAUUUAUCGAAUGAAGGUCUAUAAUUAAUAUGAAAGAAGUGAUAUAAUAAUUGAGUUUAUAAAUCAUCGGUGAAUGUUGAUUUGAUGGAGUUAUUAUGUACAUGUAGAUGGAGUUAUUAUGUAGAUGCGUGAAAAAACGUGUCUGAUCCAAUAGCUAAAGAGAAUUCAGAGCUUUAUUGAACAUAGGUGUAUAUAGGGGUAUAUGUCUAUUCUGAACUAGGUGAUAUGCUAUUUGAAAUUGAUAUUGAAGAGUAUUCUUCUUUCACUGUUUCUAUUUUUCCUGCCGCAUAGUCUCUCUCCAGAGGAUGGAGGGAGGAAGGAAGGGAGGGAGGGAUGGGGGAAGGGGUGUAGAGAUGAGAUUGGGCAAGUGUGGCAAAAGAACCAUCAUUUCAUUGACACUAAAAUAGUACAUACGAUAAAUGCUUGAAAUUUCUUUACUUUGUGUUGGGUUGUUGAAAUUGUCUUUUUGCUCAACGAUUUUGUUCCUAACCUUUAAUAUCUCUUUUUCUUUGAGGAGGGUAAGGGCUAUAAAAAUGGUAUGAGUCCUAUGAAAAACCAUAAUGGAUAUGCCCUCAUAACUCAUCUAUCAAAAUUGAGAUUGAAAUGCAUAACAAGCCGUUCCAUAUUAGGGUACUGCAGCUGCAGCUUACAUAUAGCAAACGAUUGAAAUCUAAUUUCGAUUGCAUUAGAGUGCCUCGGGCGACAUUUAGAAGUAAUAUCAUGAAUAUCUUGCAUUAUUGAUAGAGCGGCGAAGGGGUUGGACAUAUAUUUGUUCUUGAUAUACGCAGCAAUAAAGAAUGCCUGUAGCCUGUAGGUGUAUACGUGUAUUCUAAGGUUGUUGUGUCUUUGAGGCUCGAAAAUGGUGACAAAUGUGAAUGAAGAUUAUUCUCAUCUUUGGAGUUCAAUAAUAAUAAAUGGACUGAUUCAUGAAGGUAGAUUGGCUGCUGUGCCUUUGUACAAUUACUGAUAACGAAGGAUUGGUUGUUGAAUAAUAGCAAAGUCAUAUCGCCCAGUCGAUUCGAAGCAGACUUCAUACCGACCGCUUUUGUGCCAUCUUGAAUAGUUUGUUCGGUCUAUCGUCGUUCUGUAGUCAGUUUUUUGUCUUUGAUGUAACUAUAGGGUAUAACACAACUGAGAGAAACUGAGAAUAUUACAACUCGGAUGGUAUUUCUUUCAUUUAUCAACUUUAAAUGGGAUUGUGUUGGGGUUAGAUAUAAGUGUUGACCUGGACCAGGUUUCAUUCAAUGGUAAGCUCGCUUACAGCCAAUGAAAUGCAAUUAUUUCAGUAUAGCUUUUAAAAGUUAAGUUAUUGUAUAACUUGAUAUUGAUAACAAGUGUUAUGAAACCUGACCUGGUAAAUGUUAAGCGCUUAACGUAAGCCUCUCGAAAAGAAGAGUAGCUUUUUCUGUUUUCCUUGGCGUUUGUGUAAUUCAAAAUACCAUACUUAUUAUUAGAGGCUCUACUUUCCAUUUUGAAUAUAAAUUUUAUAAUCAUAAUUAUUAAGUCAUCAAUGGUGUACUGGGAAUAAUGGUUGCGUAUUUAUGUAAGAGGAUUGGUGACAGGGUUGUAUGUAUGAUGAGGAGACUGGGGACAAUCAAAAUAUAUUAAUGGAAUCAAGAAAACAAAAUGGAAGACAUUAUCUGUAUAUCGUUAUGCAACAUGUCGAAAUUGUAUAUCUAUUUCAAGAGUGAUGUAUGUAUAUAUUUGUUCCGUCUCUUUUUAUCAACGUUCAAAAGAAUUAAAGAAAAUGAAUAAAAGUAUUGAAAAUAA